AUGCCAGCCGCAAUCCGCAAUCUGCGGAAUAACCCUCACGCUCUCUUCGUUCGCUUGCCAAAUAUACUCUCCUUCCUUUGCAUCGUCGUCGGCGUAGUCUGGCUCCUCCUCCUACCUCUGAACGAAUACUCCCGAAACACCUACAUCUCCGAGAAUGCGCUCCUACCAGGCCAGGUCCAUGCCUAUUUCACGGGUAGCGAGCAGAAUAUCUUCCGUGGAUAUAAACGGGAGCUAGAGGGAUUGUUGAAUGAAGGACAUAAUCGAGGUGGAGAAAAGGAUGAGGCGGAAGUGACUGCGGCGGUCUCGGACAAGGUGCAGUCUAUCUUGCAAGCGGCUGGGCUCAAGGUUGCUACGCAGAAGUACGAAUAUACUUCUGCUGGUAUUACGCAUCAAGGAGAGAAUGACUAUGCUAUUAUCCAUGCGCCGCGUGGUGAUGCUACAGAGGCCAUUGUUUUGGUUGCAGCAUGGAAGACAGCUGAUGAUGAGCUGAAUCUCAAUGGUGUUACUCUAGCCUUGACUCUGGCGAGAUACUUUAAGAGCAAGUUGUAUACAUCUGCGCACAGUAAGAGCGGAACCCAGGCUUGGAUCGAUGCUUACCAUGACAUGCAUCCCUCAUCAGUGCAACCUCUUCCCUUGAAGAGUGGAGCGUUGCAAGGAGCCUUGGUAAUCGAAUACCCAUUCGAGCACCGUUUCAAGUCUCUUCAUAUCGUCUACGACGGUGUCAACGGCCAACUACCCAACCUCGACGUGUUCAACACCGCCGUUGCCAUUGCAGGAGGGCAGAUGGGCAUCGGAGCUAACCUGCAAGAGAUGUGGACCCACGACGACAGCUACGAGCAUCGUCUACAGACCAUGUUCCGUGGUAUGACCAAGCAGGGCCUUGGGUAUGCCACUGGUGCGCACAGCAGCUUCAUGCCAUACCAUAUUGAUGCUAUCACUCUACAGACCAAAGGUGAAGGCUGGGAAGAUGAAAUGGCCCUCGGCCGCACGAUCGAGAGUCUCUGUCGCAGUCUGAACAACCUGCUUGAACAUCUGCACCAAAGUUUCUUCUUCUACUUGCUCAUGGCCUCUCAGCGCUUUGUUAGUAUCGGAACUUAUCUUCCGAGUGCCAUGCUCAUCGCUGGUAACUUCACUAUCAUGGCUAUUGCCUUGUGGAUGCGCACUGGCUACUACCUAGAAACCACGCCCAAGACCGAGACCGAGAAGUCAUCCGAUGAGAAACUCAAGGCCAGUCCCAUUGCCGAACGCAAACUGGCUCUUCCCCUCUCGCUCGUUGUUGGUCUCCAUCUCCUCGGUCUUGCACCCCUCUGGAUCUUCAACAACAUCUUCCACCAGUACUUCAAAACAACAACCUACAUCUUCAUGAUAGUAGACAUAAUCCUCCCCCUCCUCCUCUCAUCUCUCCUCUCAACCCCUUUAGCCCUCAAAUCCCCAAUAAUCCCCCAGCAAUACCACCUCAUCAAAUCCUUCUCCCUCCUCCUCCUAGGCCUCUCCCUCUCAACCCUCGCAACCCUAAACUUCUCCCUCUCCUUCAUGAUCGGCCUCCUCUGCGCCCCGCUCACCUUCGUCUCCCGCAUUCAGGGCUCAGCGCCUUUCCGUUGCGUUACCGCCGCGCUUGGCUUGGUGCUUCUUAACUUGCUUUCCCCGCCGACGGUUUUGGUUGGUGUUUGUUGGUAUGCUGGCGUUGAUGUUGAGACUGUUCUUACACAGGCGGCGUUUGGCUGGGAUGUUUGGGGGAUGUGGACUCAGGUUGUUGUUUGGUGUGUUUGGUGGCCGGCUUGGUUGAUUGGUUGUGUGCAUUUGGGUUCGUCGAUGUUUUGA